CUCCCGCCGCCGCCACAGCCUGGCUUGCUACCACCUCUCCUCCUCUUCCUCCUCCUUCUCUGCUUCGAAGCGUUGUUUUCUGCAGCGGGAGAGAGAAGUGCUAUGUCAGGAAAGUUCCGGGAGGGACUGGAUUGGGCCAUGCUCCCGGGGCUCGCUCUCAUGCAGGCGCCCGCGCGUUGCCCUUUGUAUGAGGCAAAAGGAGUCCUGUGGAUGAUGGAACUCUUUGUCUGUUUUCCAGAGUGUGUUUCCAAGUCCAUCAAUGGAACAUGAUACUGCUGCUCUGUGUUGAAAUGCUUGAAAAACAUCCCCUUCUCUGCCUUUGCCUCCUGUCCUUCCGAAACCAUGGUCUUCUCGGCAAUGUUGACUGCAUCCCAUACUGGGGCAUCAUCCAACACGACAUUUGUAGUCUAUGAAAAUACCUACAUGAAUUUUACGGUUCCUCCACCAUUCCAGCAUCCCAUCAUUGGUCCGCUGCUUAGGUACAGUCUCGAAACCAUGGCUCCCACUGGGAUGAGCUUCUUGUCAGUAAACAGCACAGCUGUACCCACAAUACCGACAGUUUUUAAGAGUCUGAACUUGCCUCUCCAGAUCUUCUUUUUUGCUGUAAUGAUAUUUAUUCUGGUUGUGUCUUUUCUUGGGAACUUGGUGGUUUGCCUCAUGGUUUACCAAAAAGCUGCCAUGCGAUCUGCAAUUAACAUCCUUCUUGCCAGUCUGGCUUUUGCAGACAUGUUACUUGCAGUGCUGAACAUGCCCUUCGCCCUGGUAACUAUUCUCACUACCAGAUGGAUUUUUGGGAAAUUCUUCUGCAGGGUAUCUGCUAUGUUUUUCUGGCUGUUUGUGAUAGAGGGAGUAGCCAUCCUGCUUAUCAUUAGCAUUGAUAGGUUCCUUAUUAUAGUACAGAGGCAGGAUAAGCUAAAUCCAUAUAGGGCUAAGGUUCUGAUUGCUGUUUCUUGGGCAACUUCCUUUUGUAUAGCUUUCCCUUUGGCUGUAGGAAACCCUGAUCUCCAGAUACCUUCUCGAGCUCCCCAGUGUGUUUUUGGGUACACAACCAAUCCUGGAUACCAAGCUUAUGUGAUUUUGAUUUCUCUCAUUUCUUUUUUCAUACCAUUCCUCGUGAUACUGUAUUCAUUUAUGGGCAUACUCAACACCCUUCGGCACAAUGCUUUGAGGAUCCACAGUUACCCUGAGGGUAUAUGCCUCAGCCAGGCCAGCAAACUUGGUCUCAUGAGUCUACAGAGACCCUUCCAGAUGAGCAUUGACAUGGGCUUUAAAACACGUGCCUUUACCACCAUUUUGAUUCUCUUUGCUGUCUUCAUUGUCUGCUGGGCCCCAUUCACCACAUACAGCCUUGUGGCAACGUUUAAUAAACAUUUUUACUAUAAGCACAACUUUUUUGAGAUAAGCACCUGGCUGCUCUGGCUCUGCUACCUCAAGUCUGCAUUGAACCCCCUGAUUUACUACUGGAGGAUUAAGAAAUUCCAUGAUGCCUGCCUGGACAUGAUGCCUAAGUCCUUCAAGUUUUUGCCUCGUCUUCCUGGUCACACACGGCGACGAAUACGCCCCAGUGCUGUCUACGUGUGUGGGGAACAUCGGACAGUGGUGUGAAUAUUGGAACUGUUGGACAUUUUGGGUGAUG